UAACGCGAUGUCUUCAGUUCGUAUUCGAGAAACUAUUGUUGAGUGUCUUGAAGAAAUUCAAACUAAUAGAGGAGAAAAUCAGCGGAAGAAAGCCCUCCAAACUUUGAUUACAAUCACCAAAGUUAGCCCACAGAACAGGAACUUAUUAGCACAAACAGAUGGUGCCAUUUCUAUCAUUCUGUCCUUGUUUAAGUCAUGCUCCCCUGAUGUUGAAACUCUGGCUUUAUCCAUCUUAUUCAACCUCUCCCUCAAUCCCAAUCUGAAGCAUUCGUUGGCUGAUAUGAAAAACAUAAUGUCCCUAAACUCCUUGAUCCUUUCACCUGCUUCGGUAGAAUCUAGCAAACUAGCAGCUUCUUUGCUGUGUAGUUUAGCAAUGUUGGACAAAAACAAGGCGAAGUUUGGAGUUGCCGGCACCAUUCAAGUUUUAAUUCAUGCGAUUUCUUCAGGUUUAGGCCAUCCGGCUUGCCAUCAUCUACUUAGUUCUCUUGCUGAACUUGUGCAAUUUCAUGGCAACUGUAUUGUGGCAGUACGUUCAGGGGCCAUUCCGAUGCUGAUUAGAGUAGUAAAGAACGGGGAAGGGGAGGAUCUCGCGGGCACUUCCCUCACGAUUUUGAGCCUGUUGUCGAGGUUUGAAGAGGGAUUGAAUGCUUUGAGAAUGAGUGACGAAAUAUUGAACAUUGUGCUUGGGGUUUUGAAAGAAGGAAGCAUGUUGAGUAAGGAAGGCGCUGUUGUUAUUCUUCUGAGGUUGUUUGAAGAGAGUGAAGGAUGCAUACUGAACGCGCUACGAUUGCCCGAAAUCAUGACUGUAUUGGCUGAUGUUUCUGUGAGAGGAUCUGCUGUAGCUAGACAGAAGGCUGGUUUGUUGAUGAAGAAAAUGAUGGAGGCAAAUUUGGAUGGCUACGUACGUUGA